AUGCAUUCGCCAGCGGACGUUGAUGAAUUGAUUGAAACGGAAGUAUGCAAUAGACUUAUACGUCUCUCAUGCGCAAAAAUGGUUAAUUCCAAAAAUGAACGUGGUGGUGCAAAACUUCAUCGAAGCCUUCUUAUACUGCAUCUUUUAAGGCGCGCAAGAAGCGAACAGAACAGACCACUUGCUGUCACUCAGGAGUCAGUAAGCGUGCCACCUCCUGAAGAUUGUCCAGAAGCAGCAUCAGUAGCUUUUAGUCCCCUUCCAUUACAGUGUCCGGAAAAUACAGCUGUGUAUUCUCAAGCAAAUGAGCAGAUAACAUACGAGAGCGGUGUUAAUCCAUAUUUCGAUCUCAGUAACAGCCAGCCUCUGAAGGAUGAUAGUGGCUGUGGUCCAGCUGUUGGAAUUAUGACAGAUAAUGGAAGCACAUCAAACAUUUUGAGUAAUAACCUUUACCAGCUGCAGUACGAGAAUGAAAGGAUAGAAUUAGAAGUAGAGCUUGGUUCGGAAGGUUUGAGUAAUCAAGAAAUUCCGAUGAUGUCAGCACCUCUGCCUAUUGAGUGUUCGCUUUGUGAUGGAAAUUCGUGUGCUUUUCAAGCUGAGCAAAUGUCUUCUUUUGAUGUAGAUGAAGAAGACGGAAAUUACGAGUCAGUUAGUUCUCGUCAGCGUAAAAGGAAGACGUCUAUGUCGCAGUCCUGUUCGUCAACUACACCGAAAAAGUGUUGUGUUGAGGAACGGCAAUUCACAGGUUUAAUGUCGGUGUUUAACUCGGGCAUUUCAGUAAUGGCUGACCAGCUGUUACCGCGAGCAACAGCAGGACCACUUUUGCAGCCACCUUCGGACCAGUUGGUGCCUUCUUUAGUACGUAUAGCCUGUAACCCAUUAAUUUGCUGA